AGUGAACCUCACUUAUCCUCCCUUUUUAUCUUUUUGCUAUCUUCUUCUGGUUUCUGUGAGAGUACUAUAGAACAGUCAAUCUACCUCUACCAAAGUGAGAGAACCAACACAUUAUUCAUGUGAAUUAGGAACAUAUGGGUAACUACAGGUUUAGAUUGUCAGAUAUGAUACCAAAUGCCUGGUUUUACAAGCUCAAAGACAUGAGCAAUAAUGGCAGAACUAAUUCUUUCAACAAAAAAUCCACCUUCAAUUCUCAACCAAGAUACACAUAUCCCUUCACUACUCAACCUACAAGAACAUCUCAAACUUCCUCUAUAAACCCAAAAUUUUCAAACACUAAUUUUCUUGAACCUCCAAGAAAAUCAUCCAAGAAAAGAAACCAAAGAAAAACCAUUUAUAAACCUUCUCCUAAGCCCAUUCAUGAUCACUCACCACCGCGUUAUGAUUACUCUAACUCGCCUUUCGAAAGCAGCUCGACUGAGUCUGAUGGCUUUUAUAAACCUCAUCAGGAAGAAGAAGAAGAAGAAGAAUUUGGCUGCUGUAAUUGUAGAGUUAGUUCUUCAACUACUGAUAUUAUCCUUAAUGUAAACGAUCAAUCUUUCAACAAAAUAGAGCUUCAUCCUCCUCCUACAUUAACUAAAUUAAACAUGAUCAGAAGAAGAUCAAGAUCGGAGCGAAACUCAAGUUCUUUCUCUGUCAAGAUAGUCAAGGAAGAAACCAAAGUUAUAACUCAUAAACAGCAACCGAAACGAGGUUCAUCAUCGUCCAAUUCUGUCGGAAUAAGACUUCGAACGAACUCUCCGAAAAUCGCAAGCAAGAAAAUACAGCCGAGAAAAAGCCUGUCAUCAUCUUCGUCAAGAAACAAGACUCUAUCGGCCAGCUUUGCAGUAGUAAAAUCCUCCAUUGAUCCACAGAAAGAUUUCAAGGAAUCAAUGGUGGAGAUGAUCAUGGAGAAUAAUAUUCGAGGUUCGAAAGAAUUGGAAGAUCUUCUUGCUUGUUAUCUUUCACUUAAUUCAAAAGAAUAUCAUCAUCUCAUCGUCAAGGCUUUCGAGCAAAUCUGGUUUGACAUGACUCACCUUCGUUUAUAAAAAUUGUUAAGCUCUUCUUCCUCUUAGAAUUUAAGCAAGAAUCAAUAAGAUAUAUAUACUGCUGGUUCUGUAAAAAUAUAUAUAAUCGUUCUUUUAGUGUUCUAUAUAUUCUAUGUGAACUUUUGGACUUGUUUUUGUCUUGCAACUGGAAAUUCUUACAUGAAUUUAGUCCAUCAAGUUGGACUAUGAA